UCGUUCAUGAUGCCAGAACCAGGAAGUACUACCACACUUCGCGAGACGAGUGGUUUUGGAUGCGCCCAACUAAUGGUUUUCAUAUGAAUUUAUUUUGAUCAAGACUUCGGGGGGGGGUUUCACCUGAUAUAUUUUGUAUUCUCAUAUAGUGCUGCUUGUUAUAUCUUAUCAUAGUGGCAUCGUUACAAAUCGUGAUGUGUAUCUACAGUCUGCCGUUAGCUAGCUAGCAUGCUAGUAGCUAUUGGAGGUUUUGAUUAUUUAUGUGAUGAAAAUACGAUGGACUUCGUUGUCUCUAUAUAUAACUAAUCAGUGCAAGUUAUUUAAUUAUAAAUAACGAAGAUUUUACCGCAGAUAUUGGUGCACAAUAGGUUUAUUAGUUGUAUUCUUUUAAACAGCUAGUGUUUAGCCAGCCUCUCCCAGUUUAACCAUUUCUUGAGAGAUAUUUGUACAAAAUUUCGUAUCAAUAUUGAGCUCUCAGCUCAGGAAAUUGGAUCCAAUGCGUGGGAUGAUGGGGACUCAAAGUAGUCCUGUCAAAAGCUACGAUUAUCUCUUGAAGUUUCUGCUAGUGGGAGACAGCGAUGUUGGAAAAGGUGAAAUCCUGGACAGUUUACAAGAUGGAUCAGUUGAAUCACCCUACGCAUACAGCAGCGGUAUAGAUUACAAAACUACCACCAUCCUGCUAGAUGGAAGACGAGUAAAAUUAGAGCUGUGGGACACAUCGGGACAAGGACGAUUCUGCACCAUUUUUAGAUCUUACUCUCGUGGGGCACAAGGAAUACUGCUUGUGUAUGACAUCACCAACGGAUGGUCUUUUGAUGGCAUUGAUCGGUGGAUCCGUGAAAUUGACGAACAUGCCCCUGGUGUACCGAGGAUUCUUGUGGGAAACCGCCUUCAUCUGGCUUUCAAACGCCAGGUUCCCACAGAGCAGGCACGCGCCUAUGCCGAAAAGAACAGUAUGACCUUUUUUGAGGUUAGUCCUCUGUGUAAUUUCAACGUCAUCGAGUCCUUCACAGAACUUUCACGGAUAGUGCUUAUGAGGCAUGGGAUGGAGAAAUUCUGGAGACCGAACAGAGUUUUCAGCCUUCAAGAUCUAUGCUGUCGCUCUAUUGUGUCAUGUACACCAGUGCACCUCAUAGACAAGCUGCCUCUCCCUGUAGCGAUCAAAUCCCACCUGAAGUCUUUCUCAAUGGCCAAUGGCAUGAAUGCAGUCAUGAUGCAUGGACGCUCUUACUCUGUGGCCAACAGUGCUGCAUCAGGGGGCAAUUCAAGCAAAGGCAACAGUUUAAAACGGUCAAAGUCUUUCAGGCCUCCACAGAGCCCACCAAAGAACUCUUCUUCAUCAUCCAAGGGAAACUGCAAGAUUUCAUAGGCCAACACACAUACAUAGUUGUCUUCAUUUGUCCUGUAUUAACAGCAUUAUUGUUGUCGCUCUUAAAAGGCCACGGGGCUGAAGUCAGGCACCUUACUAGCUGCCUAUAUGAUGGGUUCAGACUUGAACUGAACUGAAUUGGACAGUUUUCAGCUCGCGAGUGCCACCUUGUGGAUACUUUUUACGAGUAGGCUACAGAAGCGCCUUGGGAUCAAGUCGUUAAUCUCGGUUGGAUUAAUCUGUAUGAUAACACUACAUGAAAGGACUACCUAGCAUUUGGGGUGACUUUUUAUUGUAUAUAUGUAUGUGUUGGUGGAAUGUAUUUUGUGUAUCUCGAGUGUUAUGGGAAAUGUUUACUUUUUGUCAGGAAUUCAGAGUCUUCAAACCAUAACACAAUUGAAAUGGUUCAUUUUCUUUCUUUUUCCACACUUGAAAAGGAUCAGUAUAGGUGUCAUGUGAUGCAUUCCAGUCUAAAGUAUCCUGCUGAAAACCUAAUAUCUCCAGACUUUGUAUACCUCAUUAAUUAGUGCAACAUUUACUAAGAUCUUUUUGUGACAAUACCAUCUGUUAAACAGGUGCUUUCCAAUAGAUUUUGGACACUGAGGUGUCAUGCCGUCAAAAACAUUGCAUGAUUUUAAUUUUUGGUAAACUGGGUAGAGGGGUGAUGUCUAGUUUUACAAUUGUUUUUUAAAGAUAUGUAAAUUUUGUAUUUAUGAAUGUAUACUUUAUACUGGUAUGUGACCUGUGGUUAUACAUGGGAUUAAAGUAAGGUUAAGAAAGUCAA